GGCCGCCAUCUUCCCCAUGUCGGAGCCUGGACGUCAGUGAGCCCGGAAGUCGAUCUCCAGUUCUUCCGGGGUCGCGACCUCGGGGUCACACGAAUCCCCUCUCAAGAUGGCAGCCUCCGCGGUGAAGGGUGCGCUGGCCCUGCGCUCCGCCCCUGUUCGGCCGGUUGCUUUUGUCAGAAAAAUCCCUUGGACCGCAGCGGCUAAUGAGCUAAGAGAACACUUUGCACAGUUUGGUCAUAUCCGGAAGUGCAGUGUACCUUUUGACAAAGAGACUGGCUUUCACAGAGGUAUAGGUUGGAUUCAUUUUUCUUCAGAAGAAGAACUUCAGAAUGCAAUACAACAGGAAAAUCAUACUAUUGAUGGAGUAAAGCUCCAGGUUCAACCUCAAAGACCAAAAAAUUUUCAAGGGGAUCAAACAUCAGAUGAAGAAAUUUGAGUAAUUAUUACUCAUUAAAUAAAGCAAACAUUAACAAUUU